AUGGGCCGUAGCAAAGAUAUCAAGGCUGACUUUCCCACCCUAAUAAGCCCGCAAAACUUGAGUGAAACAUCAUCUAAGCAGUGGGCAAACAUGUUGGCAACAGUGUGCGUGAUGGAUAUGUGGAUCUUUGUCAGGGACCUCACCGGCAAGAUCAUCACCCUCGGGUUAAUGGCAAAGAUGCAGAUCCAUGCCGAGAAGAUAGCAGACAUUGUGGCCGGAAAGAGUGGCAGGACCAUCGCUCUCGAGGUUGAUGGCUCAGAUACCAUCUACAGUCUCAAGGCAAAGAUUCUUGAUGAGGAGGCCAUUCCCCCGGGCAAUCAGCGCCUGUUCAAUGGUAAGAAGUUGCUGGAGGAUGAGUGUACCCUGGAUUACUACGGCAUGAAUAGUGAAAGUGUCCUGUAUGUGAGUUCUAGGCAGCCGAAGAGAAACAGGGUGCGUCUCUACAUCAACACUUUGAGAGGCAAGACCAUCACUAGUGUUACAGUCUGGAGCUCCACUAUAAUUGGCAAUGUGAAGGCCAAGAUCCACGAUGAGACGGGCAUCCACCCUUCCCAGCAGUGCCUCUUCUUCAACGGGACGCUACUGGAGGACGGCCGCACCCUAGAGGACUACAACAUCGAAACAGAGUCCACCCUCCGUCUCAAGCUUGCCAUUCCGGGUGCUCCCAGUCCCAGGUCUCAGCUUGCCAUUCCACUGCCAAGGGCAUCUCCAACAACCCAAUAA